AUGAAGAUUGUGAAUAAAGAGACCAUCGGCAGUUCGAGAAAAGUCCUACAAGCCUCUUAUAUUUCGUUUUUACUGCUUGUCGCUGGAUAUUGUAUUUUGUCAAGUGCUUUGGAAAAGAGCGAAUCUGUUCAAGAUUAUCGAGUCUCCCGAGAUCUCAAACUUCUAGACGACCUCAGAAGUCUGAAGGAUGAAAUUCAUAGAUCACAAAACAAGCGAAAAAGUGAGGCUCAAGCAAUUAUUGAAUUACAACUGCUUGACGAUCUGAAAUCACAAAGUAAAGAAGAAAUUCUCCCAAAAAGUCCACCGAAAACACCGAUUCCGAAUCCAUGUCUUCCCGAAAAGCGAUCUAUUUUACCAAAAGAGGUUCCACUUUUGGACAGAAUCGGUGAAUACGGGAUUGAUUCUUGCAAGAGAAGAGAAUCGAUUUACUUUUUGAAAACGUCGAAGACCGGGAGUACCACUUUUGCGAACAUUUUACAGCGAUUUGGUUUUGCUAGAGAAGGAACAAACUUUCUCUUCGGGGAACAGACGAAUGGAGCUCUGUUCUUUAUAAAUGGCUACAUGCCGUUUAACGAAGACCAGUGUUAUCUAGGCAGAGACUUGGUGGAACGUCCGAAAUUUGAUAUUUCUUAUGUCCACAUGAGAUACAACAAAACAGCAGUAGAUCACUUGAUGAAGAAGGAUGUCUUCAAAGUCAGCAUUCUUCGUGAUCCUUUAACCAACUUCAUCUCCGGCUGGAAGUACUACAAUGGUCUUAUUGAAAGGAUGAGAAAAGCAAUCCGCAAGGAUUUCUUCCCGCGAGACAAUGGUAUUGACGAUCCAAGAGCAGAUUUCAUCGGAGAAAUGAAUCAGUUUCUAAAGAUGCCUUGGGAGUACCUAAAGAACUUCCCUUAUGCUCACUCUGCGUACUAUUUCGCGGUUAAUCCUCAGUUCCUCUUCUUUGGCUACCCUUCAUAUCUUCUCAACAUGAGCUACCAAAAAGCCGCAGAUCUCGUCGACCAGUGGUUGGAAGAAAUCAGCGAAGAAUUCGACCACAUUUUGAUUCUUGAAGAUUUGGACAGAUCACUUGCAAUCUUGAUGCUGAAACUGUGCUGGUCAAUAGAAGACGUCAUGCAUCUGAAACUUAAUAGUAUGCGGCAGAUGAAGAGAACACUCAGCGAAGCUUCAAAGCGAAAUCUUCGCGAAUUCAAUUGGGCUGACCAGAGACUCUAUGAUUUUUUCAGGAGAAAACAUGAAAGAGAAGUUCAGCAAAUUGGCAAAGAGAAGAUCGACGUUAUUGUAGAGAAAAUACGUGCAGCUACGAAAAGAAUCACAGAAGAAUGCUUGGAUACAGACACAAAUCAGCAUUAUGCGCCCGAUUCAAUAAGAGAUCCUGUUUUAAAGCCAGAAAAACAAUCGAAUCAAACUUGCUACUUGAUGACUGUUGAUGCAUCAGACUACCUGAUAGUCGAUCAAAUUGAAAGGUGGAAAGAACAAUAUCCAGAUUGGAGAGGAGACGAUGGAGACUUCCCAAGUUGCAAAAAAAAAUUCAACGAAGAAAUAAACUCCACCAAAGAAUGGUAUCAAGACUUUCUCACUUGGGAAACGAACGAAUUCGACUUAAGAAAUUCUGUUCCACUUUAUUUGCAAAACCUUCAAGCCCAGAACUUUACAUAUGCAUAUGAAAACUAA